AUCAUCCAUCCUCUCCUCCUCCUCCUCCUCCUCUCUUCCAUCCUCUUGCUCCCCCUAUCAUCCAUCCAUCCUCCUCUCCCUCCUCCUCCUCCUCUCUUCCAUCCUCUUCCUCCCCCCAUCAUCCAUCCUCUCCUCUUCCUCCUCCUCAUCUCGUCCAUCCUCUCCUCCUCCUCCUUCCAUCAGUGUGUUCUCUUCUCUCCGACCCUCCAUCAUGUAGCUGAUCAGACAGCGGAGCUUCCAUCGUCUGUUCAGAGGCUCUCUCCUCCUCCAGCUCCUCUCGGUCCUCUCGGUCCUCCCGCUCCUCCCGCCACCAUGCUGCAGGUCGGGGAUGAGGUGAUGUAUUUCUCGGUGGUGUUCGUGGCGGUGAUGCUGGUGACGAGGAGCGCCACCGGGGCCUCCCUCCUCACCGCAUUCCUCUACGUCUUCAUGGUGAUGUUCCGGUUCCCUCCGGUACCGGCGGACCAGGCCGGCCGGGUCCUGCGGCCCAGGGCUCCUCCAGGCGGCGUCCCGGUGGUCGCGCACCGCGGAGGGAGCCACGAUGCUCCGGAGAACACGCUGGCAGCCAUCAGAGAGGCCGGUAGAAACGGAGCCGCCGGGGUGGAACUGGACCUGAGCUUCACAGCAGAUGGAGUCCCGGUCCUGAUGCACGAUGAGACGGUGGACCGGACCACCAACGGCUCUGGACCAGUCAGUAAACUUCUGUUUGUCCAGCUGAGGAGGCUGGAUGCUGCUGCCCGCCACAGACUGAAGGACAAGUUCAGUGGAGAGAAGGUUCCGACUCUGCAGGAGGCAGUGGAGGAAUCCAUCCGUCACCAGCUCACCAUCUUCUUCGAUGUCAAAGGUCAACCUGAUAAGGCGGCGGCGGUGCUUCAUGAGAUGUAUCAGAAGUUUCCGGUCCUUUACAACUCCAGCAUCGUCUCCUCCUUCGAACCAAAAGUCAUUUAUAAGAUGCGUCAGACCGACCCCUCCGUGGUCACGGCUCUUUCCCACCGGCCCUGGAGACUCAGCAGGUUUGGCGACGGCACUCCUCGGACGCUGUCGACGUGGGGCCAGCUGUGGACCGGCGUCCUGGACGUCCUGUUGGACUGGGCCCACCAUCACAUCCUGUGGAAACUCUGUGGAAUCUCUGCUAUUCUAGUGCAGAAAGACUUCAUCUCACAGGACUACGUGGGGUUCUGGGCAGAGCGAGGCGUGGAGGUGGUGGGCUGGACCGUGAACACCGCUGUGGAGAAGGACUUCUACCAGAACCAGCUGAAGAUCAGCUACAUCACCGACAGUCUGCUGGAGGACUGCCAGCCUCACUUGUGAAACAUGCAGGAGGAUCCAAACCUCAGAUGUUUCCAGCUUUAAGAGAUUAUUUUACUGCUUCUGAAUGAAGUCUCUGGUUAGACUAAAGACAAAAAACUGCAUUUCCCAGUUUCUAGAAACCACAAAAUAGUGUAAUACGUAGAUGAAGUUACUAAUAAGGUGGAAUGAAGCCAGAAGUUUGAGCUGAAUAAAAAUCCUAACUGUGUCUGAUUUAGCAUCAUGUCGGAACGUUACCUGUAGCUGGCAUACAGGUGAGCUCUCCUUUACUUAUUAACCUUCUGCUCCUCCCAGCAGCACCUCCACCUCACCUGGAUUACCUGAAAGAUCUUUUCUAGCUUCUGUCUGAUCUUCCACAGGCUUUAACCCUCAGAUGCUCCAGUGAACCUAAACUCUUCCUUAAGUGGGUCAGAAAUAAGAAUCAAUGUGUUUUAUGACAUUUUUGUCAUUUUGGUUCAGAAUAAUCAUUUCUGUUAUUGUUUGUUUUUUAUUUUUGUCCACAAAAGAAUGAUUUCAUGUUUGAAAUAUGUUUAUUUUUGACUUUACAACAGAUUUUGAACAUUUUGAUGAUUGAAAAAGAAGAAUAUCACACAGAACAGCAAUAGAAGAAUGUCAGCAUCAAUUUUCUUUUCCUCCAUCAUCUCUGUAGGAUAUUAUAAGUGAUGAAGAACUCGGGGUAGUAAUACAAACAUUACAGUUUCUUUAAAAGUAUAAAAGGGAACUUAAAAAUUUAAAUGGAAUGAUAUCAGAAACAUGUUUUUCGAGGAAUCGCUGGAACAUGAAAUGAUAAAAACGUUUCAUUACAAAGAUAUUCCUAGAAAACGUUGCCACCACUGAUGCAUCUAAGGGUUAAAGAGACAGCAGUGUGGAUAGUGGUUCAUCAUCUUUAAUGCCUGCUAUCAUCAUAUUUAAUUACUAAUAACCUGUAGAGGAUCAUCUUGUAUAUUCAGUGAGUUUACUGAUUGUUGGAGUGAAACUUGCCUUCCAUCAUUAAGACAAUAAAGACAGAGUUAGAUCUUCUAACUGAGCUCACAGCUCCAUUUAAAUAAGAAUAAGUAAUAUGUUUUAAUAACAGUAAAUAAUAUGUUUUAAUGAGAUCAUUCAUUCUGUGAUCAGAGGAAACAUCCUGAUGCUACUGAAACAGCUUUAAAACAGAAAAAUGAAUAUUUCUGUCACGUAUUCAUGCACUUAAUGUUUUACUUUUCUCUCAUUUAACUGGAAUUUUCCUUCUUCAGUUUGGACAGUUUGAAGUCUUCAGACUGCAGCCAUAUUUAAAGAUCCUGAACCUCAGAAUGGGCCUGAAAUACUCAAAACGUGGAAUAAAAACUUUACAUCUCACAGUUAAACAAGUUGAGACUCAGAAAGAAGAUUCUGGUUCUUACACUCCACUGAAAAUAAAAUAAAACGUUUGGCUGAAACAAAUCUUCAGAAUGUAAAUCCUGUUGAUGGAACUUUCCUAAAAUAAUAAAUUUCUAAAACUACA